UGCAAAAAUUGUUGUUCAAGUACAAAUACAUUUAGACUCUUCAAAAAUAUAGUGCGUGAGAACUCUCUUGUAGUAAGCGAUUAAAUAAUUUAUAUAAACGUUGUAUUUUGGCGCCUAAUUUUGCCUACUCACGCUCGCUGAAAGUGCACUAAAAUGCAGCCCUUGAAGCGUUUCACUCAGUGUGGCAGCCUGACUAUGCUCUUUGGAGUCUUCAUCAUACUCUUUGGGGUGAGCUCCACGGCGUUAACUACAUUCGGCAAGACCAAUAAUCAACCGCCGCCCACGCAAGGUCCCAUAAUCAAAGGUCGCGAGUGUAACACCCACGAUGACUGCGCAACAACAGAACGCACCAGUUGUGUAAAGGAUCCCAAUGACUACAAGAUGCGUUGCCUAUGUGGAGAUGAUUCGCCGCCCUCGAAUGGACUCUGUCCAGAUGUGCUCAAAGGUCUGCGGCAUAGAUGCAACAGCAAUCACGAGUGUGAAGAUGGGAUGGUUUGUCAAUUCGAAAACAAUAAUCGUACCAUUGGGGUUUCCAAAUUCAUGUCGAGUAAAACCAAACUGUGUCUUUGUGAUAAUGAUAAUGGCUAUGUGGAGGACAUUUUGCAUGACAUUUGCAGUGGUGCUAAUCAUCAAUAUCUGGUUAACCUUUUGGUAUCACUCUUCUCUUUGCUGACACCGUUUUUAUUCUCAGCUCAUAUGAGCAUGAGGAAGCAUUUCUAGAAGGCUUCUUAAACCAAGACAAACAAAUCCCAAUCUAAUAUUUACGGUAAUGUCUUUAGGUGAUCCAUCGAAUGUGCCUCAAUAAAUCAAUAACUGUAA